AUGUCGGGAGUUGAUGGGCUCAACGGCUUGCCGCUUGGCUCGGGCCGGCCGCCUAUGCUUACUCACCUUCGGCCCCAAGCUCACGCCCGAACCCGAACACGCCUAAACGGCUCCAUACUUCUUCCGGCACCUGCUGGACCUCAGCUCCCAUCCCAAUACUUCCGCGAGACGUCAAUGGACGUGAAAGAGCCGGGAGCGCCGGGCAGUCCAAGGCAGGCGACCAAAAGAACCUCCCGCAAGGCAAAGAGAGAAAUCCGUCAAAAGGCCAAAAACGUCCAGGCCGUCGUCGCCAUCGCCUUCGCCGCUUUCGUCGUCAUCAUCGCAGCCAUGUCAUCCCCGGCCAUCUCCACGCUGAACAAGCGCCUCUUCAACGCGGCGACCUACUCGCGCAUCCAGCACGUCUGGUUCGGCGACCUCCCGAGCUCCGCGACCACCGCGCCGUCCGACAUAGCCAAGAAAUGGUUCGGCGCGGGCCCCCCGGAGGACAAGGCCGCCUUCGACAAGACCUGCACCAGCGCCUUCCGCGACGCCCUCGUCUCCGUAGGCCCGAAGGCGUAUCCCCUCCCCGCGCUCGACGCCCCGGGAAACUCCAGCUACGCGGCCGAGCUGGCGCACGCCCCGACCAUCGCGGCGCCCUUUGCCGCAGCGCUCACGGACGCCGCCCAGGAGAAGGAAGGCAGCGGCAGCGGCGGCAGCAGCGACAUCCGCGCGCGCGAGGAGGGCGCGGCAGACGCGGCGCUGAGCCUGAUACUGCUGCUGGACCAGCUGUCGCGCAACAUCUUCCGCACGGACCAGAAGCUGGUGUACGGCCACUACGACCGCCUGUCGCGCAGCCUGCUGCGGCACGUCCUGGCCACCAGCCCGCGCGCCGACCUGCACCCCAAGUUCCGCGCCAAGCCCGUCUUCCGCAUGUGGUUCUACAUGCCGCUGAUGCACUCCGAGUUCCUCGAGGACCAUCGCAGGUACAAGGCACUGGCGGCUGAGCUCCUGGCCGAGUUGGAGGCGAGGGGAGACAAGGAGGCGGAGGAGUAUGUGCGGCAGAGCAUGGACUUUGGAGAGAGGCACACGAGCAUUAUUGAGAAGUUUGGGAGGUACCCGUAUCGGAAUGAGAUCAUGGGCAGGAAGACGACCAAGGAGGAGAACGAGUGGCUAGAGGCCGGGGGUGAGACAUUUGGGACAGGUAAAUAA